AUGGGACGCCCAACAGUACUCGCAGACACAUUCGUCAUUGAGCCCAAGUCAAACUUCGAUCCGCGAACGAGCAUUCACAGCGUAGACGAUGGAUCUCCGAACCCAGCGCAAGGAAGCACGAUUCAGCUCUUCGAGAGCGAACCUUCACCCGAAGAACAACAAUGGAGACCUGGCGUGUGCGACUGGCUGGUCUUCAUCUGUAUCGUCAUCCUGGCGAUGAUGGAUGCAUUUGACGCGGCUGUUUUGAUACCCGUCUUGCCGGAACUAGCUAAUUCAUUCGACGAACCACUCGCAAACGCCCUCUGGGUGAAUACAGCCUACCUGGUCUUCAGUGCUGGAAGCCAACUCUUCUUCACAAUGAUGUGCGAAGUCUUCAGCCACGGUCCUGUCUGGAUCGUUGCUGUCGUAUUCACCACGAUCGGUACUGGGAUAUGCAGCGGGGCGAUGAGCCUUACCGAGCUUAUCAUUGGUCGUUUGGUCCAGGGUAUCGGUGGCGGAGGCGCAAUGAGUCUCUGUUUCGUGAUAAUGGCCGAAUCAGCACCCGAGUCUAUCCACUCGCGGUAUUCAUGUUAUAUUAUGCUCACGCGUCUGAUUGGAACUAUCGUUGGACCGAUCAUUGGUGGGUUAUUCGUUGAUUUCGCGCAUUGGACAUGGGCGUUUUACUUCAACUUUAUUUUCUGUGCUUUGAGUCUCCUCGUUAUUCCAUUCGCCGUUGAUCUGCGUGUGUCGAAGAAUAUCCCGCUUCGCAAGCUGCGAAUUCUCGACUGGUCUGGUGCUACGAUGGCAUUUCUUGGCCCGGGUAUUAUUCUUGUUGGAUUGAAUUGGGCCGGGAGUGUAUACCGGUGGAAUGAGUGGCAGACAAUGAUGCCGAUUGCUGUAGGAGUUGCAAUCUUCAUCGCGAUGGUGUUUUAUGAAUCGAAUGGGGCUCUGCAUCCGCAGUUUGGUGUGCGUGUGUUUAGGACGAGGGCUACGGUUAUGACUUAUGUGGGAUGCUUCCUUCAUGGCUUUGUGAUUUACUGCCAGCUGCAGUUCUUGACUUUUUAUUUUAUGUCGACAAAAUACUUCAGCACUGCCCUUUCUGGUGUCUCAUUAUUCGCAAUCACUGGUAUCGCCAUCAUACCAGCCGCCCUGGUGGGCAUCAUCCUGGCUCGGGAGUCGCAGUGCUCCAAAUGGAUCAUUUCCGGAGGCUGGCUCCUAAUUGUCCUCGCAUCGGGAUGCUCCAUUCUCCUCGAUAGCACAACUCCGACCAUUGGGUGGGUGUUCUUAUUCUUUUCGGCUGGACUGGGUCAUGGCCUUUUGCUGUCAAGCUACAACAUUCGCAUCCAUAAUAUCCCCAAGGAGGAAGGGAUUUCCUUGCCAACAAAACCAACCACCAUCGCAAACUUGAUGCGCGCCUGGGGAAUGGCUUUUGCGAUUCCAGUUGGUGGAGUCAUCUUUUUGAACCGCCUUGGCUAUGAGCUUCAUAGUAUUGGUCUGAAAUAUGACCUUAUCAAUACAGCCAAAGGAUAUAUUAUCUUGAUGGAUCAGGUACGAAUGGCGGAAGGUCAGAGAGAAGCGGUCCAGGAUGCUUCCGCAAUGGCGCUACAAGUGGUGUGGGAGGUCAUCACGUGUGUCGCUGCUCUAGGUGGCCUUUCGUCUGCCUUUUUGUGGAAAAAAAAGGAAUAA